CUGGUAGGUCAGCUGUGGAUGUUACCUGCUCUGGCUCUAAACUGCGUGGUGUAAAGGGAUUUCAUAACUGUUUCCAAGCACAGUGUUAUUGUCAGAUCUCACGUGGAAUAUCAAAUGGGAAACGCUAAGUCCAAACUUUUACCCAAAUCCAAGGUGAAGAGACGCACCAGUACGAAAAACAAAGACCCGUUCCCCGAGUCGAGCACUGCUCAGAAGACGGUGGAUCCCCGCCUACCCUUCACCUCCUACAGACAAGUGUUUAAUCUCAGAAACUCAUGGAAGACCGUCAGCCGCCAUCUGGAAGACACCUCAAAAUACAACUUACUGCUAUUCUUCCAAAAAUAUCCAAAGUAUAAAGAACUUUUUCCGAAAUUGAAAAACUUGAAAACGGAAGAGGAAAUGAAAGAGAACAUGGCUUUCGAAAACCAGGCUGUGGCAAUAUUUACAGUGUUUGAUGAGACAAUGGAAUACAUAGAAUCAUUAGACAAAGCCAUGCACGGAAUACGGAUGGCGGCGCAGGCGCAUUCCACAGUUCCUGGAUUUGAACCACAAUUUUUCGCAGACAUGGAGGGAACGUUUUUAGAAGCCGUUAGUCACCCCCUUGGAGACAGAUUUACAGAUUCCACGCAGGACAAUUUAAGAAAGUUUUACGAAUUUGUAACGGGAUGCAUGUUAGCGGAGCUGAAGAUAGAAAGCUGUUGA